AUUCGGCAAAGUGCGCAGCACUCAGAAAACGUUAUUCCAUGCUCAGAAGGUUGAACAUUUCUGACUGGGACAUUUCAAGCGUAGACGGAUAAAGUAAGAUUUUGAAACUGAAGGACUGCCACUUGCUGGUCAGGCAAGAUGCCCAUUAGACGCCGGAAAACGCAACGGGCUAUAACUUUUGCCCUUGUGGUGCUGUGUGCUGUGUUCAUUCGACCAGUUCAUGGAAUGAGCGUGGCAUCCACUACAGUGAUGAAAGCCGCCACAGGACCAUCAACCACCACAAGUACACCGAUCAUUAAAGUUGUAAUUAUUCAAAGUACCCAAUUAACAAUCAGAUUUGAGUGUCUGGACAGUCUGGACGCUUUGGCUUUGUGCAUGUGCGAUGGUACCACUGGACUGGCAACAACUACAGGUCCUAUGACCAGCACAACACCAUUUGAUACAAAGACAUCAAGCUCUAUGGAGACACCAACAGCUACAGAUCUAGAGGCAUCAACUACAGAGACACCAACUACUGUAACACCAAUUUCUUGUUACUGCACAACAGAAUUACCUACAAGUGAAGCUUUGUGCAUGUGCGAUGGUACCACUGUAAUGGCAACAACUACAGGUCCUAUGACCAGCACAACACUAUUUGAUACAAAGACAUCAAGCUCUAUAGAGACGGCAACAACUACAGAGGCAACAACAGCUACAGAGGCAACAACCACAGAGGCAACAACAACUACAGAGGCAACAACAACCACAAAGGCAACAACAGCUACAGAGGCAACAACCAUAGAGUCAACAACAGUUACAGAGGCAACAACAACCACAGAGGCAACAACAGCUACAGAGGCAACAACCAUAGAGGUAACAACAACUACAGAGGCAACAACCAUAGAGGCAACAACAGCAACAGAGGCAACAACCAUAGAGGCAACAACAAUUACAGACGCAACAACCAUAGAGGCAACAACAGCUACAGAGGCAACAACCAUAGAGGCAACAACAGCUACAGAGGCAACAACAGCUACAGAGGCAACAACUACAGAAGCAACAACAGCUACAGGGGCAACAACUACAGCGGCAACAACAACUACAGCGGCAACAACCACAGAGGCAACAACAACUACAGAGGCAACAACCACUGCAACACCCAUUUGGUGUUACUGUACAACAGAAUCACCUACAACCGAAGGGAUAACAAACACAGGCACAACAACCACCAGGGAGACAACAUCCAUCACAGAGGAGACGACCACUACAACUGAGAUGACAAACACAGGCACACCAACCACCAGGGAGACAACAUCCAUCACAGAGGAGACAACCACUACAGAAAUAACAAACACAGGCACAUCAACCACCAUGGAGACAACAGCCAUCACAGACAAACCCCCAGUUACCACAGAGCCACCCCCCACCACAGGACCACCCACAACAGAGGGAACACCCUCCAACACAAUAUGCCCGACUGAAGUUAAGACAACAAGUUUCAAUUUCACCUCAGAGCUGUCAACCACCACAGAGCUGCCAGCUUCCACAGAGACACCAACCUCCACAGAGAUACCAACCACCACACAGACACCUACCUCUACAGAGACACCUACCACCCCAGGGACAUCAACCACCAGACAGACACCUACCACCACAGGGACAGAGCCCCCAGCUAUCACAGAGACACCUAUUACCACACAGACGCCUACCUCCACAGGGAUACCUACCUCCACAGGGAAAUCAACGACAGAAGAGACACCAACGAUCACAGGAAGACCAACUAGCACAGGCUGCCCACUGUCACAAUCUAACUGCAUGAAUGGAGGCAUUUUUGAUGGAGAAUAUUGUGAGUGUGUUUGCCCGCUGACUUGGUCAGGAAUGUAUUGUCAAGAUAAGAAUGUGUGUUUGAAUGGGGACCAGUGCUUAGAUAGCUCAACAGGACGUUACUGUCUACCAGCUAACAGCAAUUUCACAUGCCAAUGUCGUAUACAUGAUGGCUUUUUCAUGAAUACAACUGCUUGUGAGGACCAACGUGCAAACUCGCUUAUAAUAGAAAUAACAGUAUUGAAUGAGACGUACAGGUUGGAGUAUAUUAAUCCAACAUCUUCUGCAUUCAGAGCAAGAAUGGCUACCUUUGAACAACUAGUCUGGAUGCAACUGAAGAAAGACCCAUCAACUAGCAGGGUGCAAUCUGUAAAUGGCUUCCGCAUUCAAGAUGGCAGUCUAGUUGUUUCUAUGGUGUUGCUAUACCCAGAUACUCCUCCACAAAGUGAUGUGAGGAGAGUUUUAAAUACUGACCAACUUACUAAUGGAACUGUGACAGUUCUCCUCAACUCCUCAGCAAUAGAAGUCUCUAGCAUAAGUACAACUCAAGAUUGUCCACCAGACUAUUGUGGGAAUGGUGCAACAUCCUGUGUUAGGUCUGGAUACUACCCGGCUAUGUUCAGCUACACCUGCAGCUGUGCGACAUCCUUCACGGGUGAACGUUGUAACCAAGCAAUUAAGGUAUCCACUGAUAUUCCAUCAGAGACAACGGAAACGACAACAGAACCUCCAGCCAGUGGUAAUCUGUCAACUCUUGCAAUCAUUCUCAUCAUUGUAGCCUGUACAUUUUUACUGCUCACAGUAGGAGGUCUCCUUCUGUGUUUCUGUUUGGUAAUGCGACAUCGUUAUGAAGCAGGUCGCCACUACUCCACACAAAGCUGGAGAGAGUCUGGCAUUUCAAGAAUUAAUCAUGGCCUUUCUGAAUACAAUGGUGAUAUUUACUAUCACAAUGAUGGGUAUGAGAUGUCAAACUUCGGAGAUGAGGAGAUCAGAAUGAAUCGUCUAAAGAACGUCAUGAGUCACUCACCUUACUUACAGCAGGGUUUGCAGGGCCGACAUGAUUUCGUUAGACCUUUUGUAGUCACUGGAGAUGAAGAUCAUUACCAUAUUGACCAAAGGGAUGAAGAAAGAAUUGUGGGUCAUGUUGUUUACAAUCCACUCGUCCAUCACUAGACCUUGUUACUGAGAACUCCAGCAUUUGAUGGUGGAUUAAGUAUGACUUCAUUCAAAAAUUAGAUUCAGACAACUCCAGCAUCUUAUGUGUGUGUCCAAGUUUAUUCACCUUUAAAAUAUGCACAUCUACACAAUAUAUAACUUGUGCAUGACAAGGGUUUUGUAUUUUUAAGUAAAUCUUCUAAACUGUUUUUGUACAUAGCGUAUUUUACAACUGGAAUGCUGCUAUAAUGAACAUAACAGUGUGCACACAAUAUGUUCGGUGUAGCAGUUGUUUGGUACGGUGACUUUCAGUCACAGAUGCACGCACCUGUUAUGAACUCCCAUCCAUAUUCAAACCAACCCACCCUACAAAAUGUUUUGCUAAAAGGAUUUUGGGCCAAAACCUUCACUCAAAAAGUGAAAACAGAGAAAUUUCCCCAUUUGAAAAAAUUGUUUAAUAAUCUCCUUUCAUGUUUCACUUUUCGGGUAGUCCCCACUGGAAGUAGAGUUGCAACGCAAUCAAGUUUUCCUUGAGUUGUCGCUUGUAUGUGACAUGUGGGAAGGGUUACACUGGUUCCUGUUAGUAAAAUGGCACUAUUAAUAAAUGGGCCGUGCCGGAAACCAUUCAAAUACAGUAGCACUGAAGGCGUAAUUAUUUACAUGUCAGAGGUUGGCAACGUAAUGUCAGGUAAGCAUUUUUUAAAAUGAUGAAAACUAUCAUGAUAGUUAUCAAUGAUUUCUGCAAGUCGUGUAACAAAUGCCAGUUUCUACCUGUGCAUUUCUUUUCUGUUUUCGUGGUUUUUUAGUUCAAAUUUCCCGGCUUUGCAGGGAUUAUCAUACACAGUUAUCCAUACCUGAGUUGCCUCAUUGCAUAGCAUUUGUGCAUAUAUGUACUCGGCAGCCAGUCUGCAUGUACGUGGCUGCCUGGACACAUGCACAUUACAUGCGAUGGAUGCUACCCACGAACGAUACAGACGGUGCCACAAGUUGGUUGUAGUUCCAUUAUGAGUGCGAUAUUCCUAAACUUUGAGUUAUCAUCAGUUCCAAAUAUGUAUCUUUUAUUUAAAACGAAUGUGCAAUAUUUAGUAAAAGUGCAUAGAAAAUUAGCCAAGGGGGAUGUUCAGUAUUUCCAAAAUGUUCAGUUUAACGGUGUUCAUUAUCUGCCUUGAGCAGAAGCACCCCCUCAUUGGUUGAACAGAGCCAUGUUGGUCAGGAGUGUUCAUUUUGCUGGUAGCGAUAUGACUGUAGCAUGUGCUUUUCACAGUCAUUCAUGUAUCAGCAAAGUUCAGUUCCAUCCAAAGGAGAUUCCAUUCCAAAGGAGAAAAUUGCACCCUCUCUUUGUCCAGCUCAGGGCUCAUAAAGCAGCAUUCCACUGUAUUGAGAUGUCUCAUGCACAGACUGUCUUUCCUGAGCCUCAGGCUAGUCACAUUAUCUCUACCAACAUUAUUACAUGUAGUUGUGUAUAAAUGAAGUUACAUGUAAUUGCUUUUAAACAAACAACAUGACGCAUUUACAAUAAUCACUUUUUAUCAGUACAUUUAGGUUUAAUUGCUGUAAAGUUUUAAUUGGCGGCAAUGUAUAUGUCGCCAUCCAUGCCCAAUGAUGUUAGAAGGAAUUCUGGAAAUUCUAGUCCAGUGCAGCUAAUGUAAGAAAAUACUUGUUUACAUACAGUAUGACAAUACUAUUUUAAUAGAACAGAUGUGUGAAAUUUCACCUCAGCUUGGUGACAUUUCUCUUCUUUUAGUUUGCCUUACUUUUUAAAACUUGUGUACUGCAUUGAACAUUUUAAUGGCAUUGUAUUCAAGAAAAGCUCUUAUUUCCUCGUACAAGCUGUUGGCCUAUUUAUCUUCAUGUAUACAACAUUUUACUUUAGGAAAUUUACUGAAAUUAAGUUUUACAUUGGUGCCAAAAGGAAAUGCUUGUUUAUUCAGAGUUUCACAUCAGUAUUUAAAUUGUUCAUAUUUGUUGUACUUUAUUUUGCAGUUUCUCAAGUACAUGUAUAUCAGAAACGGUAUCUUUAUUCAAUCCAACUUAAUAUGGGCAUUUUGCAAUAGUGCACUGCCUAGACUUUGCAAUGCGUUGGCCAAUCACGGUGCACGAAAUCUGUCGAUCCAGUGCACGUUUGAAUAUGCACAUUGUGAUUGGUAAUUGGUCGCAAAGUCUUGGAGGCCCACUAUUGUGAAAUGCCCGUAUUGGUGGCAUGAUGAGCCCAUGCAUUAUGAGCAGUGGGUGCAGAGGGGCACACAUGGCUUACACCCCCUCAAAUUUUUGUAUUAAACUGUUUUUUUGUAAAUGCUUGAUCUGCCGCUGAUCAUUUUGAAUGUAGGUGAAUUUCAUUGUUUACAAAAGGGAUUCACAGAAAUCAACACUUUGUACCAUUGAUUUGUUGAAGUCUUGCUGUAAGAUUUUGUUUUUGGUGGUGUAUUAAUCCUCAUAUAUACCCAGUAUUAAUAACAAUACGUGUAAUAAUAAGAAUUUAUUUUUUAUCAUGUACUACAUUAAUAGAUAUAAAUUGCAUAAAAUCUCAAUGCAUUUCACAAAUAAAAUCAGCAGGAAAUAUUCUGUAAAAUACAAUACAAUUAACAAAUUAUAAAUAUACGAAAUGUAUCACAAAUUCAUAAGGAGUAAAGCUACAUUAGAGUACAACAGAUAACAAACCAAAAUGAUAAAACAGAAGUUAUACUCAACACACAGGAAACUAAAACAUAUUGAAAAAAAAAUAAUAUUUCCAUUACAUAUACUUACAUGUGUACUUAAAGUUUUAUAUUUAUCCUGAUAUUGAUGUUGCUUUGCGAAUUUGUUGUUCUGUUUGACACAAUAAUGUCAUUAUCACUGUUGUUAAUAUAGAUGGAAGUACAAAGAAUUUAUACUUGGAUUUCAAAGGGAGUGUUGAAAUAAGUGACUUUAGCACUAGCGAUUGGAUAUUUGAUGGGGUGGUGAGUGAAAAAUUGAAAAUUAACAGUUUUCCCUGUCUGAGUCAAUCCAUCCUAAGAACCACUCUUACUAAUCUCCCUCAGUAGAAUGAAUUGCAGAUGAAAGGAAGCAAGGGUUCUCCAAAAUGUCUUUGCGCAAGGGCAAAUUAAUAAUUUUUCAAUUUACAGUCAUGUGGCAUCUUUAAAUUUAAGCAUUUCCCUUCAAGGAUAAUUUAACUGAAAAAAAUUAUUAUUUGUUUUGGGGGACAAGACUAUUGAACAUUUGCUUUAUGCAAACACCUAAGCAUGGGAAGAAGGUUCCUUACUUUAAAUUUAUUCCGAGGUGCUUUGUCUUUUGGGGCUUUUGAAGUCCUCCAGAUUGCAGAUUUUAUUAUUGUCCCGUCUAAUAAUACUGGUAUUCCCCAGCCUUGUUAGCAUUUUCAAAGUCUGCUAGGGUGAUAACCUUCAUCUAGAUUCACUCAGCGAUGGAUCGUGAUUGAAAAGAAAUUUAUUUUGAUUAUGAUGUACAGUACCCAGAUUGCAAUUUUGAUGAACAUUUAGAAGAGAAUAUACUCAAAAAUUUGUAAGACGUGUAAGCCUUGCAAAAUAAUCUAAGGUUGUUUUUAUUUCAGCAAAUGUUGUUAAGCACAUCAACACCCAGGGUUUAGGUCCAGGAGAUAAUCCAGGGGGGAGUUGGUUAUUUGGUUGAAAUCAUCUUUGUUUUGUUCUCAACCGAACAUGCAUGGACCCCUUUCGGGGGUUAAGCUUUUUAGGGGAUUUGAAACCUUAAUAUGUAGGCCGAUCAAAAUGAAUAAAAAUAGAACAUUUAAA